AUGCAUCAUUUCGGUGAAUGUUCAGGAAUCGAUCUAGAUCCACUCUCUAUGGCCGCUCUUCUGAUGGCCGUCGGAUUCUCUGUCGACUUCACCAGUCAUCUUGCUUAUCACUACUACAAAUCAGAAACAAAAAGUAGGCAGAACUUCACAUUACAACAGUCCUCCAAAUAUGGGGAAUACAUUUAUUUUUAUAUCAGGAUCCUACUCUGCGACUUGAAGAAACGCUCACGAGUAUUGGCUGGCCGUUGGUGCAGGUGCGACUCAUUUUUUUUAUUAUGCAUAUCAACCAAACGAAUCCACGGACAGAUGGAGGCUCCAGUGGUUGGAGUAUCAACGAUUAUCGCAAUCACGCCGUUGACACUGAAGCCAUCGUAUCUCGUGAUGGUAUUCUUCAAAACAAUUGUCGUUGUGUGCUCACUGGGGAUGUUCCAUGGACUUGUCGUCAUGCCAUCCAUUCUCACUGCUAUUACACAAUGUAGAGGAAAAUGUAAGUCGAUAGAGCGCUGA